CGCAGAGUGCCGCGACAACCGGCGGCGGCCCGACGACAACUCGCGCGCCGCUGGUCCCCGCGUCGACACUCGCUGGUCCCCGAGGAUCGAUGCAGUCGCAGUCGAAAUCGUGAGCUGCCGCAAGAGUCGCGCGAUCGCCCGCGAACGCCAGGUGCUGUCAGUCCUGAGAUAAACGAGGGACUCACGAGUGAGUGAACGCGUCGUCCAGAGGCGCUGUCGAAGAGAUCGCGAUAAACGGCGCGGCCCGUCCUCGGUUGUCAUUCCAUAUUCCUUUCCACGGUUCUGACAGAAUUAGAAAUAAACUAAAGGAUACAUUGAGUAUACAGCGGUGCAUUGAGGAUACAGGUGCUUCGUAUAGUGAUUGGCAGAUCGCGAAUAUAUCGCGGCGGGAAUAUCGCAGCGAUAUAUCGAUCGAUCAACGACCCUUGAGAUCGAGAAGACCCGCGCGAGAGAGGAGCGCGACUACCUUUAUGAGAGAUUGCUUCUAAGCAUAGUGAAAUUGAAGAAAGAAGAAUCAAGGCAGGAGAAUCAACUAGGGAGUAAUUAAAAAGACAUUAAGCUUGACACAUGCUAGUCAAUAGGAAUAUCGAGGAAAAUAUUUCACACUCGUAUAAGAUAGAGGACGAUCGACAAGUUCUGGAUCUUCCGAAGCUACGAAGUUAGCAACGUAUUCGUUUUGACGUAUCAUAAGCGAUUUCAAUCUUUCCUUGUGAAGACGCACGUCGAAGAGGAAGGGAUAUCAUUGAAUCAAUAAUUCUCGUCUUAUCCUUCAGGCGAUUGAAGUCACCAAUGGUUUUCCUCACGCUUCUGCGGUAAUCUAUUUCACGUGUCGUUUUAUGGCCGUAUUGAAGUGAGAAGUUAAUAGAAGUGGCCUUCGAGGUCGGUCGAGGCCGAAUGGAACCGUUGGAUCGGAAUCUCGACACCUUCGGCACGGCCGGAAUGAUGGACGGCACGUGGUUGAUGCACCUCACGGAGAACGCUACCAGCAGCACGCUCGUCGAUGAGGAACUGUCAAGAUUUCCGAAGCCCUUGAGGACCUUCGCGGCGGUGGUGGCGAUCAUCAUCAUGAUCAUUGGCCUGGCUGGCAAUUUAUUGACGAUCAUCGCUUUAUGCAAAUAUCCCAAAGUGCGCAACGUCGCCGCCGCCUUUAUCAUAAGCCUGUGUGUCGCGGACUUCGUGUUCUGUCUGCUUGUGCUGCCGUUCGAUUCCAUCAGGUUCAUUAAUGCCAGCUGGGCGGACGUAGGAUUCUUGUGCGUGCUGGUGCCCUUUCUGCGCUACGGAAAUGUCGGCGUUAGCCUUUUAUCCGUCGCGGCUAUCACUAUCAAUAGGUACAUCAUGAUAGCUCACCACGCAAUAUACGGCAGGGUCUACAAGAAGUACUGGAUCGCUGCGAUGAUAAUCUUCUGCUGGAUAUUCUCCUAUGGAAUGCAGAUACCUACGUUAUUGAAAGUGUGGGGUAAAUUCGACUACGAUCCUAAUCUGGAAACCUGUUCCAUCGUUAAGGACAGUUAUGGCCGUACUUCUAAGACGUUUCUCUUCGUCAUGGGCUUCCUGAUACCAUGCGUGGUGAUAGUCGGUUGCUACGCCAAGAUAUUCUGGGUGGUGCACAAGUCCGAAUCGAGAAUGCGAAAACACGCGGGACCGACGAUCAAGUCACCUCACACUCCCGGAAGGGACAUCAAGGAGAUCAAGCAGAAGCGCAGCGAAUGGAGGAUCACCAAGAUGGUGUUGGUGAUUUUCCUCAGCUUCCUCGCGUGCUAUCUACCGAUCACCAUUGUCAAAGUGACCGAUCCGGAAGUCAGAUAUCCCGAGUUUCACGUUUUGGGAUACUUGCUGCUGUACUUUGCAUCGUGCGUGAAUCCGAUCAUCUACGUGAUCAUGAACAAGCAGUACCGGCAAGCGUAUGCCGGUGCGAUCGGUUGCUCGUGGAUAAGGGUGAGCCUGACCCCGUAUGGCAGCAGCGCGCCGGGUGCUGGUCUUCAGGCUCAGCAGGACUUCGCCCAAGACUAUUCAAAGGACUUCAGCAAAACGAUGGUGUCAACGGUCUCUAUUGCCAUGAAUCCUGUGAGAAAUUCGCAGUUUCAAGAGGAACCGUGAAAGAUCGAGUCAGCAGCUGAUGUCGGCGACUUGAAGAGAACAGAUGUCCCUUGUCGCAGAAAGAAGAGACGGGAAGGAACAGGAGGAAGGAGCUGAAAUGCUUGUAACAGCAAGACUGUGUUACCGAGCCUUUUCUCGCAUGAUCUUCGCACCUAGAAAGAACCUUGUUUAUUACUAGGGAACAGCACUUGUAAACUAUUCGUUCGCUAAAGAACGAAAGUUGGCGAAGAUUAUAUUAUUGCACGCGUAUUUAAUUUUCGGGGCAUUUUCGACAGAUUAUUCGCCGAAUGCCGACUUUCUACCAAAGGUUGUCAUACAAAACAAUUAUGUAUUGUAAAUAGAAUGCGAUUCGUAUUAUCUUCGAUAUAUUUAAGAUACGAAUAACAAUUAAAACUACAAUUAUAACAGACUGCUGUAGUUAUUUUGUUAUGUAUUUUAUUACGCAACUUGUAAAUUUAUUGGCGCAGCCAAUAGAAAAAUCAAAGAUUAAUAAUAUAAAAGAAUGUUAUAUAUAUAUUGUAAUAUAUGAGUCUUCCAACAAAAUAUUUAAACAACCUUGUUUUAACAUGUUUCGCCGUCUCCUGACUACUCGUCGCCAAUGUAUUUUAGCCUAAUAUUUGCACUCGCUUAUAAAUGUUGGCUAAGCCACGUUCUAGGAUUUCCCACUGUCAGCAA